ACGUGUUCGGCUCACGGCUGAAAGUUUGUGUAUAUAAAGUAGCUAACGUUAGCUUGCUAAAGUGACUCACUCAGUGGAUUAGGAUGUUCAGACUGGCAUGGCGUCGGUCGACGUCCAAAAAUAGCUGUGCGGAGCCUGCGCGCCUUUUGGCUGCAGCUUUUUUAGGAGCGAACAGUCCACAGCAGAGCUCAGUGAGUAGCAUUAGGUGUUUAAGACAUAUUCCCCACCCACCCAGCGACAGGUCACUGCUCCUCCAUCCCAGGCCGGCCUGCGUCCUCAGUCCAUCUGUCUUUAUGAGCAUGGCAUCAGGAGGUGAAGGGCCAUCAACAACUUCCCACAAACACACCAAUAGGUUAGCGAAGGAGAGGUCGCCCUACCUGCUACAACAUGCACACAACCCCGUUGACUGGUAUCCGUGGGGGCAAGAAGCUUUUGACAAGGCAAAGACUGAAGACAAACCCAUCUUUUUAUCAGUGGGCUAUUCGACAUGCCACUGGUGCCAUGUUAUGGAGAGGGAGUCAUUUGAGGAUGAGGAAAUCGGUAAAAUCCUUAGUGAGAACUUUGUCUGCAUCAAAUUAGACAGAGAAGAGAGACCUGAUGUGGACAAAGUCUACAUGACUUUUGUGCAGGCAACAAGCGGAGGUGGAGGUUGGCCCAUGAGUGUAUGGCUAACUCCUGACCUUCGACCUUUUGUCGGGGGCACCUACUUCCCUCCAAGAGAUCAUGGAAGAAGACCUGGGUUCAAGAGCAUUCUUACCAGAAUCAUGGAACAGUGGCAGAAUAAUCGCAGUGCUUUGGAGUCCAGUGGGGAUAGGAUCCUUGAAGCCCUGAAGAAAGGCACUGCUAUUACUGCAAACCCGGGAGAAAGUCCUCCUCUGGCCCCAGAUGUCGCUAAUCGCUGCUUCCAGCAGUUGGCCCAUUCCUAUGAGGAGGAGUACGGAGGCUUUAGAGAUGCUCCAAAGUUCCCCACACCAGUGAAUCUGAUGUUCCUCAUGUCUUACUGGUCUGUAAAUCGCUCUACUUCAGAAGGGGUGGAGGCUCUCCAGAUGGCCUUGCACACGCUUCGCAUGAUGGCACUAGGAGGCAUCCAUGACCACGUGGCACAGGGUUUUCAUCGUUACUCUACAGAUUCCUCCUGGCAUGUUCCUCAUUUUGAAAAGAUGUUGUACGACCAGGCUCAGCUGGCUGUAGCCUACAUAACAGCUUCCCAGGUAUCCGGUGAGCAGUUUUUUGCAGAUGUGGCUAAGGACAUACUACUUUACGUCUCCAGAGACCUGAGUGACAAGUCUGGAGGUUUCUAUAGUGCAGAGGAUGCAGACUCUGUUUCCGCAUCAGGGGGACCAGAGAAGCGAGAAGGGGCUUUCUGUGUAUGGACGGCAUCCGAAGUUCGUGAAAUCUUGCCAGAUGUGGCGGAGGGUGCCACUGGAUCUGCCACACUGGCAGACAUCUUUAUGCACCACUAUGGGGUCAAAGAACAAGGCAAUGUUGCUCCAGAACAGGACCCCCACGGGGAGCUGCAGGGCCAGAAUGUACUGAUCGUGCGUUAUUCAGUCGAGUUAACAGCUGCUCACUUUGGCAUCAGUGUUGAAAAAGUCAGUGAGCUCCUGGCCACUGCUAGAGCCAGAAUGGCAGAAGUGAGGAAGAGCCGGCCACGCCCACAUCUGGACACCAAGAUGCUGGCCUCCUGGAAUGGCUUGAUGCUGUCGGCCUAUGCUCGAGUUGGAGCUGUGGUGGAGGACAAGGCCUUACUGGAGAGAGCGGUGCAGGGAGGCAACUUCCUAAAGGAGCACCUGUGGGAUGCUGAGAGGCAGACCAUCCUCCGAUCUUGCUACCGUGGAGACCAGAUGGAAGUACAACAGAUAUCUCCUCCUAUUUCUGGCUUCCUCGAUGACUAUGCCUUCAUCAUUUGCGGCUUGCUGGACCUGUAUGAGGCCACGCUACAAACCAAGUGGCUGCAGUGGGCUGAGGAGUUGCAGCUCAAGCAGGAUGUGUUGCUGUGGGAUGACCAGGGAGCAGGCUACUUCUGCAGUGAUCCCAGUGACAACACUGUACUGCUGCAACUGAAAGAGGUUCAUCUGCUUCUGACAGAUUGGAACAGCACCAAAAUGCACAAUCAGGAUGGAGCUGAGCCCAGUGCUAACUCUGUGUCAGCGUUCAAUCUCCUGCGUCUGUCCCACUAUACUGGAAGACAGGACUGGCUCCAGAAGUCUCAACAGCUGCUGACAGCCUUCUCUGACCGUCUGAACAAGGUUCCCAUAGCCCUGCCUGAAAUGGUCCGUUCUCUUAUGGCCCAGCACUACACGCUCAAACAGAUUGUGAUCUGUGGCCAGAGGGAUGCUCCAGACACUACAAAUCUUCUCGCAACAGUCAACUCUCUCUUCCUUCCAUAUAAGGUCUUGAUGAUUGCUGACGGAACUGCCGACAGUUUCCUGUGCCAGCGUUUGCCCGUCCUCUCCUCCAUGUCCCAGCUGGGUGGUGUCGCCACAGCCUACGUCUGCCAGGACUUCACAUGUUCUCUGCCUGUCACUGACCCCCAAGAACUACGUCGACUGCUACUGCAUGGCACCACGGACAUGCCGACAGAAUGACAACUGCAGAACUGAAUGACUAUUUAACCAGAAGGACAUAAUCUUCAAAAGCUACACUCUUUAGAUCUGCAGUCCCAGCCAAGCUUCAUUUUUUCCUGUAUUUGGAUAGUAAGUCUGGUUUUAUUAUAAAUGAAUGCCAAUGCUUUUAAAGCAGAUAUGCCACAUUGGUAGGGGGUUGAUACCUUCCACCAGUCAUUCCAGACCUAUAAAGAAAGGCUAUUCUUUGUUAGCAACACCAGCUAAGUAUUACCUCACAUAUCAGAUCAAGUUACAUUUUAGCAGACUCAGAUCAGUGAAGCCAUGUUGAAAUUCAGGUGUACAAAUGUCCUUAUAAGGACAUACGCACAGCAGCACUGGCAGCCUACUGAAAUGAUGCAGCACUCUUACUUGACUAUUAACCCAGACGUAAACUUCAGGCUCUUAAUAGACCAUAACCUCAGACCACUUGGAUGAAGUGGACCGGUAAUAUUUUGCAGGUGAACCAAACUGCCCUGUCGUCCUCUCCUGGCUCUGUGUUCCAGCUCCUGUAUUCAUGUCAAAUGGAUCUGACAGGUGAGGCCAGCAUGUCUUGUGCAUGUUUGUGUUUGAGUGUAUGAAAAAGGUUAGUUACAGAUUUGUAUGUAACCACGGUAGUAACUCUUAAAUGUAUUUGAUUUCAUCUGUAGUAACAUUGCAGUAAACAAGCUGCUCUCUCAUAAGACUCAGUUUACCACCAGCUUGCGCUUGUUUGUCUUUGUUAUCUUGGAUAAAAGGUUUCUUCUCCGCUGCAAUAUGCACUUACAUCUUCUGAAUUUCAACUUGAGGUUUAGACAUCAAGAAUAUGCAGCAUGUAUACGCACAACCCGGAAUAAUAAACAUAUUUCUUUUACAAGCAGUGGCCAUUUCAUUUUAAAAUGCACGCUUUUCUUUUGUGAUAAAGUAGGAUCGUUUCAAAAAAAAGAUGGCCAAUUUAAAAUUCAGGUUUCUUUUUAUUUUAGCUUCAAGAGAGGCUAGAAUAAGAUUUGCUGUGUAUUUGGGUACCAUUUUUCUGAUAUGUUCUUUAUUUCUGUGUGAAAGUCAGUCCAGGUUGGGAAAACUUCAUCAGGAAGGGAGUGAAUAUGUCCCAACAGUUUGCCUUUCUCUUCUUCUGUGCUAUAAAUACUCAUCAUACGCUAUUGUGUAUUCUUCUCCUCGUCUCUUCCCCCUGUAGGCUUGAUGAAGGUAAUGUAAACACUGUGGAACUGUGUGUUGUUGCGAGAACAGGCACAUGGGAGAGAGUGUAUGAAUGUGUGAAAGGGAGAGACAGAUGGACUGUUGAUGUUGAGGCAAGGGAAUUUGUCCUGGAGGGUGCUGCUUUGGGCUGUGGGAGCAAAGCAAGAAAGAAAACGGGAGGAAGGAGAGAUGCGGUAAAUGCGAGGCUUCCACCACGACACCAUGCCUGAUUCGCAUGACUCACCUCGCAUGUACAGGUGAAAUGAGUAGCCAUGUCAUCGACCAACGUACUGCGAGAACACCUACACCAUCUGCACUUGUUUACCUUUGAUUCUGCCUCUUUUCACGUUUGUCAGCCAAUUCUGCCCCUCCUUCCAGAUCUGGGGAGGGCCUUGUCGCCUCAAGAACCACGGAAGUCGAUUUGGCAGGCGACUGCUUCUUCGGAAGAACAAGGAAUUGCCAGAAGAGAAAAACAGGGCGAGGAGGAGGAAUAUGAGGCGUGGGGAUAGACAGGGACAGGAGAGGGAGAGCCAUCACUUUGUUCCAUUUUAGCUCUGGAGUGUCCCAACCUCACUUUUCUUUACCUGUCAGAUUGGGUACAGUCAUGCUUUUUGUCACUUUAGAACUCCUUUUUAUGUAUUUCCAGCAAAUACAUGAAGUCUUAUCUCCCCUUCCCUCCCCGGUGUCUCACCCUAUCAUCUUCUACCAGGUUGGGACCCCUCUAUCUUUGGCUGCACAUGUCUCUCCCCCUCAAUACCUCUGCUGUGCACUAUCCCUCUAAGCAUGUUGGAACUACUGUCUUCUCAUUUAUUCAACCCUUUCUCCUCACACACAUCAUUUGUUAUCCCUCCUCUCCCCCUUCUCAAAUUCCACACUCCUCUCAUUAAUGUUCUCCACUAAUUGUUUUGAUGAGCUGCACAAGCUAAAUUUUAAUUAGCCCUGAGAUUAGUGGUUGACCCCAGCUAACCUGUCAGCCCCUGACAGGUAACAGCUAAUUGUGAAGCUGUAAUCUACAUACCACAGAUCUAAAGAUAUUAAUCAGAACUUCAUCUGUAUAGCCCACUUUAUAACGAAAGUAGUGCUUACAAGACUCCUGAACAAAAGGCAUGAGACAGUAAUGAAACUAUGCUGUGCAAAGUGAAACCAGAAAAAUAAUAAAAACUAUAUAAAAUCAUCCAGGCCAGUUUAAGUCAGUUUUAAUAAAUGUUAUUGGCUGAUUUGUACAUUAAAAUGCUCAAGUAGUGGUAGUUUUUUGAAUGGGUUUUCAUGCCAUACUUUAUGCAUGAAGCACUAGAAAAGCUAUUCCUGCAAACUUAAGUGUGUGACUUUAUACAUAUUAAAGUUAAACGGUCAGAAAUAUAUCUGGAAGCCAGUGCAUUUAUUGCUUAAUAGGAGAUUAACACCAUUGUGAGCUGGCUUCUGCAAGCAAAUGAAGGGAAACGAAAACUAGGGUAAUGUGCUCUCUCCCCACAUUUUGUGCAAGAAGCCUUGCAGCUGCAUUUUGGAUUGAGUUAAAGAUGAUUUAGUACUUUUUAAAAAAUAAGCACCGGGUAAAGAGAGGUCUAAUAAUCAAGAUGAGGAUAAAUGGAAGUGAGAAUAACUUUGUCAAGUCCUGCUGCAGGCAGAUGAUGAUGUUUUUACUGAUCCUGUCCUCGCUGAUGACAAAACUAAGAGCCUGCAGCCAUGCCAGUAGCUAUAUGACGCAGUUCUGAGGCACAGCAACACUCUGAGCUACAUGCAACCACCAGUGUGCCAAUAUUUAGCAGGUGUAAUGUUUAACAUGGCAUGUUCAUCCUCUCUAAUUUGUUAGGAUUACAAAAUUACAAGCACAGUAAUACUAAUGGAAAUGUCAUUAGCAUUGCCAUAGACUAAAUAUUAUUAAACAAAGCAGGACUGAGACAGAGGGAGCUGCUUUUGUAUGGAACUGCAAUGAUUAAACGAGUAUUUUUCAAUGAUAUAAUUACUCAUCAACUAUUGUUCUUUAAUUCCAUCUUCUUAAAUGUGAAUAUUUUCAUGUUUCUUUACAUAUGUCUGACAUUAAACCGGAAAGAUUUGUGUUGUGGACAAAACAUUUAAGAUGUUCUCUUGAAAACUUGACUUUUUUUGUGAUUUUCUGACAUAAACCUACCACACCUAACUGAUUGAGAAAAUAAUCAGCAUAUAAUUGACAAUUUUAAUGAGCAUUUUAUAUCUUCAGGCUCUUUGUUUGACUCCGUGUAAGCUGUCUCUGUGAAACCCUACACAUACCUCCCAGUCUACAUUGGUGAGCCUUUUUAUUUUUUACCUUUCUCCAUUCAGGAAGUUCAUAAAACCCUUAAAGCUUCAGAGCAUAGAAAACCUCUUGACCUUUUGAAAAUGACACCGGAUUUUGUAGCAGAGUCUAUUACAAUCCUUUUUAACCUUGUUGUGAAAAGAAGAGCUUUUGCUCUCCCUUUAUUAAAAGGAGGCAAUUUUAACUAAUUAUAGACCAAUUUCUAAUCUAUAAGUGCUGACCAAAGUUCUUGAAGCUCUUGUGAGUGAGCAAGUAAAGACAUUCUUAUAUUCCAAUGCUGUUUUAUCAAAAUAUCAAUCAGGCUUCAGAAAAAAACAGCACCAUCACAGCUGCAGUGAAGAUAGUAAAUGGCAUUAGUGUAGCACUUGACAAAAAACAGCAUUGUGCAUCACUUUUUAUGGAUUUGUAGAGGUUGAUAAUCUAAAUGGAAUUUCUCCUAGUUAAAUAAAGGUUAAAAAUAUUAAUUUUAAUAUAAGGUUUGGUGGAAGCCAUACUUCUGUGCCAAGUUGAUGGAAAUAACAUUGCAUAAAAAGUACCACGUGUGUCAAAACUACGGCUGGUUUUGAAUUGCUUCUUGUUUGUAAGUACAUUCUGUAAAUUGCAAGUUCCAAAUGUUUGAACAAGUUGAUGUCUAGACUGCAUAUGUGUCUUACAGAUAAAUAAUGAAGCGACAGAAAAUCUA